UCUCCUUUUUUUAAUUUAUUUUUUAAUUUAAAUGCUUUCGCUGAUGUCAGUUGGCUGUGGGGAGAUGUGAGAAGACCGCGAGACGCCCUACAAAGGGUUCUAAUUCAGGAGGAAUAUAAAAAUAAAGAAACCCCGAGUAGUCGCGAGAACACACCCACGGCGGUGGCAGUAUGCGGCGGGAAAAUGUCGUUACUUCCGGUGCAACGAAGUCUUGGCGCGACAUUACAGUUGUAAACAACAGGAGAACACGUAACGCCACGCAAACACAAGGAACUCCUUAAGGAACUGAGCCACAGAGACAUUUGGAAGAAUGGACAACAUGGACAUCGACACCUCUGGUCUCUUUGUACCUGACGCCAACGAGGAAUCUGUGGACAUCUAUGAUGGCCUGGAUAUCACUUUUAGCAGCAAUGCAGAGACGGCGUCCCCGAAGUCUUCUCAGCUGAAAGAAUCGAUGGAUCUUUAUGAAGAAAUUGUCACAGAGGAACAGCAGAGCAGAGAGACGUCGUACUCCGAGUUGAAGUCCAGAUUUCAAGCAGCUCAAAACCAAAUUAUUGAGUUGCGCAGGAGAGUGGAGCAAAUGCAGAUACAGAAUACAGGGUUGAACACUGAGAACUUCCGUCUCAAAAAGAACAUCUCUGCACUUUUACAAACCGCAAGACUAGAGGUGACUCGAAAAGAUGCUGAGAUCCAGAGGUUGAACCAACAAUCAAACAAACGUCACCAUCAGCACCAAUCUCACGUCUCUCAUCUGCGGGAUCAAAAGUCUUCCAGUCAACGCUCCAUGACUCCAUCCUGUCCUCUUUCGACUCUACCAGCUUCACCUCCCAGGGAGGAUCAUCCUCCAAGCGAUCCUCUCCAGCCUCCCAGGAGAGAAAGCAAUCUGCCCGGCGGAUCCAGCAGGAAGUCCGGUAGCAGUUCAUCAAGCCGACACAGUGAAUCAGACAAGCACAAGUCCAAGCACAGAGAGGAAAAAUAUCCCAAACUACCUGAGCCGACAGAUAGGAGAUAUAGAAGUGUUUCAGAUCCCAACAAGGACAGUUCUGGCCCCGGCAAGAACAGGUCUCACAAAGAGGACAAAGACACAGAGCGAAGACAUGACUCCAGAUCGUGUAAAAGCAAGCCCAGGUCCGACCGGUCUAAAAGCCCUGCACCAGAGAGUGCAGUUCCCUCUGAUGACAAGAAAAGGAGCAGAAGUCGGGAAGGUAGGCGAGAUGCAGUCAAAAUGUCCACAUCAGACUCUGAACACAGCGGCGCUCACAGCUCCAAAGAGGGCCACAGCCGAGAUCAUAGAAAAGUAAAGAUGAGCGACGGACACGUCCGACGCUCAGCCUCAAAGGACCGGAAAAGGUCCUCUUCAAAUCCACGUGCUGAGCGCGGCGGGGAGUUCUCCAAAGAGAGGGCCGGGGACAGGCUGCCAAAGGAUUAUGAAAGGAAGGAGGACAGGCGACAUGAAGAUAAAGGCAGCAGAAAGCACAAGAGGAGCAGGAGCAGGGAACGCAAGAAAGAGAGAUCAAAAGAAUCCGACCGGGGUAAAGUCGACGGCGGUAGUAAGGAAAGACGAGAAAAGACAAACGUGGCCAUAAAUCGAUCAUCCGAAACACCAAAUGUCCCUGAGAAAAGCUCCGUGGAGGAAAGCAGUCCAAACAUGAAGCUGUGUUUCAUGGAGACAUUGAACCUGACCCUUUCGCCCAUUAAGAAGCCAGCGCUGCCCUUCGACGGCAGCCAGGCUGACCUCGCACCGGCGGACAGGGAAGUUGGAGACGAGCCAGAAGAUGAGGGCACGCAGCCCAACAUUGAGGACAUGUGUGUGAUCGACGAAGUGAACAGCAGUGAAUUGGAAGCGGGGUCGGGGGAGUUGGAGGAAAAAUCCUCACACACUCCAAAAAGUUCCAAAGGAGCAAGCGAGAGAUGCGAGGACGGGAACGCCGCACGGGGAAAGGACGGGAACGCGAGUGACGCUGCUGACGAGCAACGGAAAGACAAUUCGGCUCAAACUACCUCGGCCCGCCGCAGCCAGCGCUCGGACGCGGCGGGGGAUCGGAUGGCCGCGCAGCUCACGGCAACCUCACCGCCGGUCAGUUCUCUAAAAGCCACAGUUGUCUCAAGAAAUCGUGAGGGCAAGCGUUCCUCAGACAGCCAGGGGGAUGACCGUGGACCCCUGAAGGCCGCACAUGGUGACACUGCCACGGCCGCUUUGGGCAAUUCUUCACAAAAAGUAAGUCCUGGAUAUAAUCCGGUUCAACCUGUUUCUGUUAAAGACCCCGCUGUGCCUGAUCCAAGCGUGAAGCUGAAGUGUAGUACUCCUAAAGCCGCGGGGCAGAAAAGCCUCCCCGCGGGUUCAGGCGGGGAACGUUCACCCCUAAGGAAAACUCCUGCAGCUGAAGACGUCGCUGACGCGGCAAAACGCGGAAGAAAGCGAAUUGCUCCCGCUGUGCUACCUCAGGACCGCCGGCGAGGACCGAGUCACAAGAAGGACACCUCUCGCGUGCGCGGCGGUCUUAAAGACGCAGAGGCUGUGUCCAGUACGAUAAGCCUCGACUCCCUUCCACAGGAAGGGCUAAGUCUGCCCGAGGCCAUUUACGUUUUGACUCGGGCGAACGAAGACAGCAAUGACAGCGGCGCGGCCGAGCCCAGCUCCUCUACCGGCUGCAUCGCCGUGCCCAAAGUCAGCAGCACGACGGGGGAGCCGGCGCUGACGGAGAAAUGCGCCGCCCUCAACUCCACGCCCAAAAAGAGCUUCGUUCCCCGGAAGAGUCGCGAGAGCAACGUCGAGCCGUCCAGCUCGAUGCCGCCGCUUCACGACGAGGACUCCAUGAUGAACACGCUGAGCAACCUGAAGAGAAUCCCCGACGUCAUCAGCCCUCUGAGGAGCCCGAUCCGGGUCACGAAAAGAAGUCAACUCCAUCUCCAUGGCAAGCCAAGUCACGUCAAGAGCCUUCAAAAAGAUUUCUCCAGCAGUCCCGUUGAUGCCAACUCAAAGAAGUUGGACGUCAACAAAGAAAACAAGCAUCCGGGUUCUCCUGCAAACCACGACGCCCAGACCCCGGCGGACAAGGCGUCCGACCCGCCUUCAAGCCGCUCCGACAACGAUCUGGAGGACGGCGAGAUCUUAAGCGGAAGUGACGAGGCGGCCGGAGCUUCUCCCGUUCCUGCGACAAAGAGGGCGAAGUUAGCUCCGCCCGUCGGAAACAAGCCAAGUCCUAAGAGUUUGUUGGAGAGGAAGUCUGAAGCAAAGGGUGUCGCCGUUAAAGAAACGGCGGGUGUGUCGACGCGAAGCCCGAAGAGUCGCUUUAAAAGGGUUUGUCCCGCGGCGAGCAAAGCCUCUUUUUCCAGCACCGAGGAAGUGAUGGGGACGUUCAAGGCCGUCCGUGCCGAGAUCCGAAAAAAGUACAUGAAGCUCCACAAAACCUUCCCCAAGAAGAGCUUCUACGGGGUGAUGGAGAACUUCCAGGAGUCUUUUUUAGAGUUUGUCGACGGCGCACAUUUCGGUCAAAUAUGCGGUAAGGCGCAGGAGCUGAAGUCCAACCUGAAGAACCUGAUCGCAUCGGUGUUCGGCAACGUGUCGAACAACGGCAUCGUGAAGCGCAUCUUUGAACAGCAAGCGGUCGACCUGAAGCAGAAGCUGUGGGACUUUGUGGACGUCCAAGUCGACUACUUGUUCAAGCACAUCCACAUGGCCCUGCAGAGCCUCUGCAAACCAGCCAGAGCUCAACCCGAGGGCGACGGCACCGGUGGGAACGGGAAAGUGUCCAGACAGCCUCCCGCAAAACGGCCCCAGUGUCAGCAAGCGGAGGCGAAGUCGGCUCCGGCCGGCCUGCAUCGAACCCGGCCCGGUGCGGUCGUGCCGUACAGGACCGGCCUCGGGAGCAGAGGAAAAGACAUCCGGAUCCCGCGGAUCGAGAGAGACCGAAGUGUCGACCCACGUCCCACAAGUUGCCCAGAUACACAAACGGUGGCCGUCUUCCUCCCAAAGAAAACCACCCCUUCAACCCCAGAGGGAAAGAGCAACGCGGCGUCGUCGGCCGCCUCCCAGAAUGCCUCUCUACUCGACAAAACCGACUUUGAGCUUCUCACGGAGCAGCAGGCCUCCAGUUUGACCUUCAACCUGGUCAGGGACACUCAAAUGGGGGAAAUCUUCAAGUGCCUGCUGCAAGGGUCCGACCUGCUGGAGACCGGCGGCGCGGCCUGGGCCCUCGGCACGCCGAGGAAGGACGGGGAGCGGCUCGUCGGCAUCGCCACGCCCACCAGGUUUGACUCUCCGUCCGCGCUGCUGUCCCCGAUGAAAUUCGACACGCCCUCGAAGCUCAUCGCCACGUGGUCCAGCAUCUCCCCCCGCCGGCUGGCGUCCCCGCGAUCCAGAGGCCGGAUCCAGCUGAAUCCGGCUUUGUUCGAUGAGAGCUGCAUGCUGGAGGUGCCGUCGGUGAGCCGGGCGUCGCUGCACUGCGGCUCGUCCUCGCAGACGUCGUACUCCAUUCUCACCGAGGACCUGGCCGUCUCCCUGACCAUUCCGUCGCCGCUCAAGUCCGACGGCCACCUCAGCUUCCUGCAGCCGUCGAGCAUGCGCCUGAUGUCCACGCCGGAGAGCGUCAUCAGCGCUCACAUCAGCGAGGACACCCUGCUGGACGGGGAGGACGCGUCGGAGCAGGACAUCCACCUGGCCCUCGACACCGACAACUCCAGCUGCUGCUCCAGCGGCAGCGGCGGCGAGGUGCUCGCCACGCCUUUCGCGUUCAAGCCCGACCUGCCCAUGGAGGCGCUGGUGAUGGAGAAGUCCAACGAUCACUUCAUCGUGAAGAUUCGGAAGGCGACCGCCGGCGCGGACGACAGCUUGAACAGGACCCUGACGGAGGAAGGCCAGAGGGAAGACGGCGACGACGGUCCAGCGGCGCCGUCGGACAGCGGUCUGCUUUGGGGCCGUCGCGCCGACGCCGACGCGGAUGUUACGUUAACGGAAGAUUCGCUCCAGGAAAAAGAUUCUUCGACCCGACAACACACCUCUGAGGUUUGUUUUGCCGAGGAGUCGCAGAAACGGAAGAAUCGUCCCAAAGCAGCGUCAGACAGCCGGUCACGCGACGGUGUGAGCCCCGACCCGAUCUCUGGACCAAGGAGCCGCGCAGCCGGCGAGGAAGAGGUCGCCGUCACCGCCGGCGAGAACGCGAGUCGCGGAGAAGAUGCGACGACUCGAGCGAGACCCUCGAGAGCUUCUUCGUCGAAGCGCCAGGAAAGGACGAGCGCCUCGGAGAGCGCGUCGGAUAACAGCCCGCGCCGACCGGCCGGACGCUCGGAAACAAGUCGGGGGCGCCGGGCGGCCCACGCUUCGGGAUCCGAGAGGGAUGAAGCGGCCGUGUCGGGGGAUUCCGACAAAGGUAGAAAGCGGAGGAGCCGGCGCCAAGAGAACUCGAGAUCCAAGCGGUCCAGGAAGGAGGAGGAGAUCGCGGAGGAGGUGGCCGUGUCCGACGGCAAGAGGGACGACAGAGAGUCCAAGUCGUCCCCGGCGGCGCUGUCGCCCAACAGUCUCUCUGCCAAGAACGUGGUCAGGAAGAAGGGCGAGUUGGUGAUGGCGUGGACCAGAGAUGAAGAUCGAGCCAUUCUCAUGGACCUGAAGACAAAAGGUGCCUCGCGUGAGACGUUCUCUGUCCUGUCAGAGAAACUCAGCAAGCCGUCGGAGCAGAUCGCGUACAGAUUCAACCAGCUCAUGAAGCUUUUUAAGAAGCAGGGGAAGAUGGACCCUUGACCCCGUCGACUGCGUCAUCGCGUCAGUCCUUUUUUGUCUUGCAGCGUUCCCACGCUCACUCGCCGCGGCGUGUUGGCUGCUUGUGACAUGUGCUGGGAGAAAACGCAACGCGGGGAGAGGGGGGGCAUCACAGGAUCGACACCCCGCCGUAAGCCACUCGACAUGCCGGUCAACAUCGUGAGCCCUGCAUCGUCCCACCGAGACGGACGCCAGCAGCCGGUUUAACCCGGCAUUGUCGUAAAAAUGUCCAUAAAAAGUAUUUAGUUCUGGAGAAGUGACCUGGACCUGUUGGGAAAGAACCCAAAGUUUAAAGUAUAUAUAAAUAAUCUAAAAGGUUCCUGCAAUGAGCGGUCAUCAGUAUUAACUGUUUUUGAUGCACUUUGGGGUUUUUAGGAAUCUACAUUGCCGUCACUAUAAAAAGUGUCCAGUCAGGAUAUGAUAUGAUCACUUUUUCCUCAUCUCAAGCCGCCUCCCUCCUCUGACUGAGCCGGUGUGAUCGACUCAUCGCAACAAGACGAGUCCCGACCCAACACGCGUUCUUCUCCAUACAGUCGGGGGACAAAACAACUGCCUUUGGACUACGAUACCUCCGAGUUCAAGUGAAACCAAAUGUUCCUAAAAGUAGAAGUGGACGCUCACUGGAAACCACCGGAAGCAUCGCCCGUUAUAGAGCUUGAGCUGAGGGACUGAGAGGAGGAUCGACACGGUUCUGUUAUGGAUCUUAUUUUACUGGAUCUUUUUUGUAUAUCAGGGGAGGGGGAAUAUUUGAAUGUUGUCCAGUUGAUGGACGGUACAUUCAUCUGUUAAUACAGAUGAACCAUUUUUAUCCGUGGGCCCGAAUGGCUUUUUCUUUCAUUCACCCUAUCGCUUGUCAACACAAUGGAUUGCAAUAUUGUGAAUAUUGUGUGUUGUUCUUUACUAAAAAAUAAAGUUUUAUUUAUUUAU